AUGUUAUUGUAUUUGAAUAUUAUUUUCUUGAUUUUCAUCAAAACAACAAGCCAAUUAAAGGUUGAUAACAAUAAAGAUCUACUAAUAACGAAGUAUACAGAUGUUUUUGCGCCCGGUAUGAAUGGAAAGCCACAACUUGGUACAGGACAAGCUACUUGUUGGGCCCGUGGCGGCGUCUGUGUACAUGUACGACACUGUCCGUCCAUGAACUUUGAUGCCGCAGCAUUUGGAUGCUCUCAAGGGUAUAAAGUCUGUUGCAGAGUCCAACAGCCAUUGUCUCCUACGGUCGGGAUUCUAAGAACAAACGAUGCUCCAUACGAUUUAGGAAGCAGUUCAAGCGAAAAGCGUGAUACGAAUAUGUUGAUUCUUUUAAUUUCCCGAUGA